CUGCACACCACAACGUCCUGCGCAAGACCUUUGAGAUCCUGAGCAGCCGCCUUCCUCUCCUCCCCAGCCCACCUGCAAGUGCUGGAUUAUGCUUGUCACGUUCUCCCUUUGCUUCAUCAUCUGGUUGAAUCGUGGCUUCAAGUUACGGGAACGGGGCUGUACUUAGGCCCCAGCUGUUCAUGCCCGUGGACCCAGGAGAGCGGUUGUUUCACCUUCAUGCAGAGCUCUUGAGAGGGUAGUGGGACAGCCACCCUAUCCCACCCCUCUCUCUCGCUUUUUCCCUUGCUGGUUCAUUGGCUUGGCCUUUUCCAGGGGACCAUGGGGAGCACCGAGGGCUUCCAGUAUCGGGCCCUCUACCCGUACCGCAAGGAACGCAACGAGGACAUCGAUCUGUUACCCGGGGACACCUUGGUGGUGAGCAAGGGGGCCUUGCAGGCACUGGGCUUUAAGGAUGGAGAUGAGCAGAUGCCAAACCAGAUUGGCUGGAUUCUGGGGGUCAACGAGCGCACCAAACAAAAGGGUGAUUUCCCAGGCACCUAUGUGGAGUAUGUGGGGCCAGUGAAAAUCUCCCUGCCAUCCCAUCGUCCCAGGGUCACCAGGCCCCUGCCCGCCACUCCUGGAACAGGGGCAGCCCACACUCCAGAGGAACAAGGGGUGACACUUCCAGAACUUUCCGAGCAGUUUGCCCCACCGGAAGUUGCCCCACCUCUGCUGUGUAGGCUGGUGGAUGCAAUUGAGAAGAAAGGGUUGGACAGCAAGAUGCUCUACAGAACAUCUGGCUCCGAACUAAGGCAAGCACUGAGAACCGACUGGGCUGUGACUGGUGAUUUGGAGGUCUUGGAUGUGCAUUCCCUUGGCGAGGCUCUCAAGGGAUAUCUGCAAGAUCUGCCAACCCCGGUGGUGCCUCCUUGCGUGCAGGGUGAAAUCCUACAAGUGCUCCAAGAUGUUGCCCAACCAGAGCUUUGCCAAAAGCAGCUGCUUUCAGUGCUGGAGCCCCCGGCCAUGCCUCUGCCGCACCUCCUCACCUUCCAGUUCCUGCUGCGGCACUUUUCCAAGGCCACCGAACAAGCCGAAAGCAAUGGAUUGUCACCUCGGACCCUGAGUGAGAUCUUUGGGGUCCUGCUUCUUCAGCCGCCUCCAGCUGCCAGCUCUGAGACAAUACCUGAUUUUCCCACUCUCUUCCUGGAGACCCUUCUGCAGACCAAGGACACUGAGCCAGACCUUCCCCCUCCAGCUCUGCCUCCGAAGCCACCCAAACCGAAGCCUGCAGCAGCCUCCCUGGCCAACGGGAACGGCACGACCCUGCAGGAUGCAGAGUGGUACUGGGGAGACAUCUCCAGGGAGGAAGUGAAUGAAAAACUCCGAGACACUCCUGAUGGUACCUUCCUGGUGAGGGACGCUUCUAGCAAGAUCCAGGGUGAAUAUACACUGACCCUCCGGAAAGGGGGAAACAACAAAUUGAUCAAAAUUUUCCACCGGGAGGGCAAAUAUGGCUUCUCAGAGCCACUGACCUUCGGCUCUGUGGUGGAGCUCAUCAACCACUACCGGCAUGAGUCCCUGGCCCAGUACAAUGCCAAGCUGGACACUCGGUUGCUGUACCCAAUCUCCAAGUACCAGCAGGACCAGGUGGUGAAGGAGGACAGCGUGGAGGCUGUUGGGGAGCAGCUGAAAGUCUAUCACCAGCAGUACCAGGACAAGAGCCGCGAGUACGACCUCCUCUACGAAGAAUACACACGCACCUCGCAGGAAUUGCAAAUGAAACGGACGGCCAUCGAGGCCUUCAAUGAAACCAUCAAGAUCUUUGAAGAGCAGUGCCAGACACAGGAGAAAUGCAGCCGGGACUACGUGGAGCGCUUCCGGCGGGAAGGGAACGAGAAGGAGUUGCAGCGGAUCCUGAUGAAUUCAGAAAAGCUGAAGUCUCGCAUUACCGAAAUUCACGACAGCAAGAUGAAGCUGGAGCAGGACCUCAAGCAGCAGGCCUCUGAGAACCGGGAGAUCGACAAGCGCAUGAACAGUCUUAAACCUGACUUGUUGCAGCUGCGCAAACUCCGUGACCAGUACCUAGUAUGGUUGACCCAGAAGGGGACUCGCCAGAAGAAGAUCAAUGAAUGGCUUGGCAUCAAGAGUGAAACUGAGGACCAAUACUCCAUGAUGGAGGACGAAGAAGAGUUGCCCCACCACGAUGAGCGGACAUGGUACGUAGACAAGAUCAACCGCACCCAGGCAGAAGAAAUGCUGGCGGGCAAGCGCGAUGGGACCUUUCUUAUUCGGGAGAGCAGCCAGCGAGGGUGCUACGCCUGCUCCGUGGUGGUGGAUGGAGACACCAAACACUGUGUGAUUUACAAGACGGCGACAGGCUACGGCUUUGCAGAACCUUACAACCUCUACGCUUCGCUGAAGGAGUUGGUUUUGCACUACAAGCACACCUCCCUCGUGCAGCACAAUGACUCGCUCAAUGUCACGCUGGCACAUCCUGUCCUCUCCCAGCCUCCGCCUAGAUGAGUGCUUGCAUUCCCUUCCCUACCACUUCCCAUUUCUCACCAGAGAAUCAACAGAUUCACUUCCAGAAUCUGAUCAAUGGCCUGCCUUUCCUUGACUGCCCUGUGGGAUCAAAAGCCCUUCAGAUUUCCUUCCUGUGUUCACCCUUAACUAUGCCCAUUGCUUUCUGUCAGUGGCUCUCAUCUUCCAGUUCGUUUUCCUGCCUGCCCUCCUUCCUUUAGGCCAGUGUUUCUCAAUCUUGACAACUUUAAGACAUGUGGACUUCAACUCCCAGAAUUCCUCAGCCGGUAUGCUGGCUGGGGAAUUCUGGGAGUUGAAGUCCAUGCAUCUUAAAGUUGCCAAGGUGGAAAUACACUGGCCAACAUUUUUUUACAUUUGCUGGUGCAUUUUGAAGAAGCUCUUUAGAUCCUUUCUUCACAUUCUCCUAGUGGCUUGUUUUGGUGCUAGGGAUCUUAACUUACACCCCUGGGCACGAUCUCAGCAGGAAGCUGUUCUUGAAAAAAGGUGCUUUGACAGGCUGGCAAUCCCUAAGAACUCAGGGAGAGGCCAUUAUUCCCUUUCUCCUUUUUCUCCCUCCUGGAUUUGCCUGAGAAGGACGGGAUGAGAUGGUUGAGAGCUCCUCUGGCCUUGCAUCUGUGUUGGCAUCCACAUGUCACAGCUCAGUCUGCUUUGGAGUGACUCUCUCCCCAGUGUUGGCUUUCCCUUCCUUCCCCAGCACACGAUGAUGUGACAAUAAUCAGUUUUAGCUUCCUAUGCAGCUGCUUCUGUUCUUAAAUAUGCAAAAAUGGAGAGCAGAGAAGAAAACUCCAUUAUAGUGGUCUUUGGAAGCUCUGUGUGAUGUCCCUCUAUAUCCCCCCUGCUUCAAUCUGCCUUGCUUUCCAAGCACUUUACCUGCUGCCGAAUGGGCAGUGGGGGGAAUCCAGCAAGUUCAAAUGCCCUCGCACUUCAGCCUCCCCCCAUGGUUCUAUUUAACCAGGAUGCAGACCCUGCCUCUUGGAUUCUUUGAAGGCCGAUGCUGAGGCUAGCAAGGGAUGUUGGAGAUCCUCGGCUGGAGAUCCUUAGUGGCUGGGUGCAAGGUGAGACAAGGUGUAGCAUCCUUCUGAUAGGGCUCCACUUCAGCAUCCCAGCCAGUCCUGCUGCUCAGGGCUGUCCCUGUCCAUAUUUCUGGAUGAACCUGGAGAUAGGUGGCUCAACUGCAUGCAUGCUGGCAUAAAGCCAUAAACUCAUUUAUGCCCAAAAGGAAGGGGAGGGAGGGAGCUGCCAGUGUUUCUCCCUAGUAGGCUUCCUCCACCUGUAAUAUCCUGGCCUGCUUUCUGUAGUGCUGGCUGCUUCCAUUUCCAGGAGCUGGUCUAAAGCCAUUUGAUCAGUACAACCCAUAUCACUCACUCACUCACUCACACACACACACACACACCCCUUGUGAUUUCUGUCUCAUGUGUGCACAUGCAAUGCUCUCUGGUCUGAGCUUGCAUCAAUAAGCACUCUAUCCUUUGUCUUCCUAACAAAACCCCUUUCUGACACCAUUGCUGGCCUCCAGCAAAGGAGGGAGUCAUUUUUUAAAUUCUCGUUGUUCUUCUCAUUUAGCGAGGAGGAGGGCUCAUUCAUGGCCACAUCCCACCCCCCUGGAUCUGCAUGAUCCUCCCAUGCAGAACAGAGCAAGCUCAAGUGAAUGGAUUCCAGCAGCAAAAAUGUUCUUUUGCGUUCUUAUUCUAGAUAUAUGCAAUAAUACCAAACGCCUCUCUUAUUCCCCUUCCUCACAUCAUUCCAGCCAUACUUUCCAGGCUCCUUCACUUUAAAAAAGGAAACAAAUGUUUAUUAAAUCAUUGUAAGCUCCAGUAUUUGCGUCAGAAUUUGUUACUGUAAGAUAAAGAGAAAAUUAAAAGUUUUGUACGGUACUUCAGCAUUAAAAAUAAAAAUAAAAUGAAAUGUGUUAAUGCAAA